AAGUGCUGGACUUAGCCCAGCAAAUAGCCCUCAGAACGGAGCUUUGGGUCGUAAAUCUAAUUCAAGUCGGUGAAGGUAUCUGACAACAGCAAAGUUGUAGCCAGAAAUAUUUUAGUUCUUCAUUGGGGCUCAGUGGACUUUUAAAUGUCUUGGGUUUGGACUGAUGUCUUCUCUCACCCGUUAUGGGCAGUAUCGACUGUGAUUUUGGGACUCCUCUUGCGGUCACAGCAGAGAGGGUCCUGGGACACCCGAGCCUGUCUUGUGCAACUGAAGGGCAAGACCGCCAUAGUUACUGGAGCUAACACAGGGAUAGGGAAGUUCAUUGCCCUAGACUUUGCCCGGCGUGGGGCUCGUGUUAUCAUGGCGUGCCGGAGCGAGGCGCGCGGUAGCGCCGCCCUGCAGGAGAUCCGGAAGAGGAGCGGGAAUGCCAACGUGCACCUGCGCCUGGUGGACACCUCGUCCCUGGCGUCGGUGAGGGCGUUUGUAGAGGGCGUCCUGCGAGAGGAGAAGGAGCUCCACAUCCUGGUCAACAACGCUGGGGCUUCAGGCCUGCCUGGAGAUAUCACCUCAGAUGGUCUAGAGGUGUCCUUCGCUACCAAUCAUGUGGGUCCUUUCCUCCUCACCAACCUGCUUCUGGACCUGCUAAAGCGAUCGGCGCCAGCGCGCAUCGUCAACGUGUCAUCUGUGAACCACUGGAGGGGUGUGGUCAACUUUUCACACUUCAAGGGCGAGAACCUGGCCUACACCAUGGACAGCGUGUACAACCACACCAAGCUGCACAACAUCAUCUGCACUAAUGAGCUGGCACGAAGGCUACAAGGCACAGGGGUGACAGCCAACUCCCUCCACCCUGGGGUGGUGAUGACAGAAGUGAUGAGACACUAUAACUUCCUGGUUCGGUUCCUAUUCAACCUGAUUGGAAUCUUUUUCUUUAAGUCUUCUGAAGAAGGGGCAGUGAGCACCAUCUACUGUGCUGUCGCCGAGGAGAUGGAGGGAAUAACAGGAAAGUACAUUGACAGCGACUGUUCCCUGGUUCUCCCCGCCCCCCUGGCCAGAGACCCCGCCCUCGCAGUCAAGGACUUUGAGUUCUGCGAGAGAUUGACAUCCAAGCUCUGAAUAAUUACCAGAGGGCGAGAGAGAGAGAGGGCAAGAGAGAGAGGGCGAGAGAGAGAGCGAGAGAGCGAGGGCGAGAGAGAGGGAGCGAGAGAGGGAACGAGAGAGAGGGCGAGAGAGAGGGCGAGAGAGAGAGAGAGAGAGCGCGAGAGAGAGGGCAUGAGAGAGAGCGAGAGAGAGGGCGAGAGAGAGAGAGAGAGAGAGAGAGAGAGAGAGAGAGAGAUGAGGCUAGUUUGCAGUGGGGUCAAAUUCCUUUUGAACUCCAUUUACCCUUGUUACUAUGAAGGCGAGAGAGAGGGAGCGAGAGAGGGAACGAGAGAGAGGGCGAGAGAGAGGGCGAGAGAGAGAGAGAGAGAGAGCGAGAGAGAGGGCAUGAGAGAGAGCGAGAGAGAGGGCGAGAGAGAGCGAGAGAGAGGGCGAGAGAGAGAGGGCGAGAGAGAGAGAGAGCGAGAGAGGGCGAGAGAGAGGGCGAGAGAGAGGGAGAGGGAGAGAGCGAGAGAGAGGGUGAGAGAGGGCGAGAGAGAGAGGGCGAGAGAGAGAGAGAGAGAGAGAGAGAGAGGAGGCUAGUUUGCAGUGGGGUCAAAUUCCUUUUGAACUCCAUUUACCCUUGUUACUAUGAAGAAUUAAUAAAAAAAAUGCAGGGUCCAAUAUAUCUAUAAA